AUAAGAACUUGUGUACAAAUACUUGCCAGUUGGUUGCCACAGCAACCAUCUUUUGGAGCUUUAUUCAAGCCUUAGCAACUUGGUAAACAGAUUUCUAGUUGGACAUUUCAACAUUUGGUUUUUUAAGCCAAGAAAAUUAUUAACAAUGAACAAGAAAAUUAGCCCCGAGGAUGCCUUUUACGAAAACCUAACACUGGGACUUAUUCGGACACUCUCCAAUGUCCCGAGAGUGUGCAAUGUGACUUUGGAACGGCGGCAGCCGCUGAAUGCCUGCCAGGUGGUCAACUGGGAGCAGAGGCACUGCGUCUAUUUGCCGGAGGAUAUGAAGAAAUUCUACCUCUCCACUGAUGGCUUUGUGCUCAACUGGAGCUACCAGUAUGCACCCAACGAUAUCCGUCGGGUGGGUCACAUCCACUUCCCCCACUUGCUGCAGGUCACACUUUUGCGGGAGAACAUUGAAACCACGCACUCUGUAAACAGCAGCAACUCGGAUGUGCUGGGAGCAGCUGCAGCACCAGUUGCUUCUGGCAAGGAUAAGUGGGGCAAUGCCACACCCAUUAUCACGCCCAAGUCGAAGAUAUUUGAGAUCAACAAUGUGAACGAGGUGGCCAAGGUCUGCAUGCUGUAUGAAUCCACCAGUUCCAACAAUCCCAAAUUCUAUCUGCUGGAGCUGAGCACCCUGAGCUGGCAGUUCCUGGCGGAUACCUUCAGUGAGUACCUGCGCAUGGCUAUUGCUCAUCUGGGUCUGCCGUACUGGGAGCUGUGCUUCUCCAGCUGCGGUCUGCCCUCGUGGACGGAGCAGCUGUUCCUACUUCUAGCGCCGCAUCUCCUCGAGGAGCAUGAGCCCAGGCGGGGAAGGGUUUUAAAUCCCGCCUGCGAGCAUCCCUACAAUGACCCCAUCGAUCCGAACAUAUUCCGGGGCAAGCCCAAGACGGUGGCCAAGACGGUGACCAGCAGCACCAAGCAGAGCAAGCAGUAAAUGUGGGAU